AUGUCCGAGGGCAGCCCCACCUCCCUCCUGCACCUCUCCAUCACCCGCUGGAUAGCUGACAAUUUUUAUUUGUGUGAAGGAUGCACUGUACCCCGUUGGCUACUAUAUGAAAUGUAUAUAGAAAACUGCAGCCCAGGGGCCAAGGAUCAAGUAAAUUCAGCCACCUUUGGAAAGCUUAUUCGGUUAGUUUUCCCGGGUCUGGGGACAAGAAGGCUGGGCACAAGAGGCAGUGCCAGGUAUCAUUAUGAUGGAAUAGCUAUCAAGAAGAACUCUUCCUUUUAUGCACGGUAUUGCUUUCUUCUGUCUGAAAAAAAAUAUCUCAGGCACCGCUCUCCAGGGGAGAUGAUGGCCGCUUCUUCGUGGCAGCUGAGCACCCCGACGGGCACCGGUGGAGAUGCCUGCAGUUCGGCAGAUGCAGCUGGUUACAAGAGCAAUGGCCAAGAAAUAGGAACAGGCCAGGAUUUGCACUAUUUUCCACUGGUCACUUACUUGAAGACUGAAGAAGACAGAUAUGAAUACCUUUUGCCUGAAUUCAGGACAGUCUAUCCUUGGGAGCAAGAGUUAGCGAAGAAAUACCCCUAUGAAAUGGUUGUACUGCUUGCAAAUGAGUACAAUAACUACUGCCAAGUCCUUUUACAGGUUGUGAGAAUGGAGGAGCUUGACAAGGUGGAAGACUGUAUCGUGUCAUUCUGGAAGUCUCUGCAGCCUGAAAAAAUCGCAUUUAUGUCCUUGCCAGAUGUGUGCGAGCUAUUCAAGUGCUAUGAUAGGCAGCUAUUCCAGGAAAUGGAGAACAUUCUCCUUCGUGACUUCCUGGAGGAGGUGUCUGUGCAGUACCUGAAGUCAAUCAGACUGUUCAGUAAAAAUGUUAAACUCUGGCUGCUUAAUGCUUUGGAAGAGUUGCCAGUGCUGCUCCAAACAACCAAAUGUAAAGAAGUUACACUGUUUAUAAAAAGACUCAGGAGAAAGACAGAUCUUUCUAAUAUGGCCAAGACAAUGCGAAUAGUCUUGAACAACAACAGCAAAGUCACUGGUCUGAGAUCAGACUUGCAUGCUGUCAUCAACCAGGGAUUUGUCGAUAUGCCUGGAAACCUCUUUCAAAAGAUGUUUAGGAAUCCGGAUGAACUGCAGAACGACACAGAAAUCAAAUGUUUGAAUGACUUAAUAUCUUUGCUGGCACCUUCUACAGAUAUUCGGGUUCUCCUGAACUGUAUGUCUUCAAAUCUUCAGGCUUUUGUCAUUGAGCCAAGCAGGAAUAAAGAGGAAUUUAGAAAACUGGCAGCCGAUUUCCAGUUGAGAUGGAACUUCCUAUUAACUGCCGUGAGCAAGGCUAUGACACUCAACUACGCAGACAGCUUUGGAUCCUGGCAUUUGUUUAAUUUGCUACUCUUGGAUUAUGUUGCUCACAUUUUCCAGUCCUAUAUAGAGGAGGAGGGAGCUGAAAGCUUCUAUGUCACAGAGCAAAAUGAUCCACCCCUUCUGUUGGUUUAUGAGCCCAGCUACCUUUGGGGCUAUUUUGCAGAGGAGCAACCCCAAGCCAAAGCUCCACAGCCAGCUCUCAUAACUCUGAUGCAGAGCCCGAGUAACGUCAGAUUAAGCGACACAUAUUCAGAGUUCUGA